AUGUCCAUCUCGCUCCGCCUCGCCGUCCCGCCGUCGGCGGCCGCGCAUGCGCCCACGCUACGCCAGCCACUGAACACGAGAUCCGGUAGCAAUGCCAUCGCCACCGCCAUCGGCCCGGUCGCGUUUCAGCCGCCGCGCGCACUCAGGGGAGCUGCGCCUGGAGCGUCGUCGUGGUGGCGCCGCCGGGGAGACGCCGCCUUGUGCUGCGCGUCGGCGCACGUCAGCGCCGAGACGAUGCAAUGGGUGUCCUUCGCUGCCGCAGCUAUAUUGAUGCUUGCUAGAGGCACAACCAUACAGAAAUCGUACCUUGUCCCUUUCAUUGCUCUACAAGCACCUGCUGAGGUCAUCUCAUGGAUCAAGGCUGAUUAUGGUCAGUGGACCGCUUUUAUUGGGCUUCUUCUGCGUUUGGUAUACUUCAUUCCAGGUGAACUGGAGCUCCCAUUGUUGACGAUGCUGUUUGUUAGCAUUGCUCCUCACCGAUUAGCCAGCUUGAGGGGAACUCAAGACUCUGUAAUAGUGUCCUUGGCAAUAGCAGCUUAUCUCGCACUUCAGCAUUUCACCGCCGCCGGAAGCGUGAGGAAGGCCUUGGAUCGUGGCACGGUAGUAGCAACCUUGUCCGUCAUCUGCAUCACGCUUAUCCCCCUCUUCUUCUUGUUGUGAUUCCGGUCAGACUGUGAAGCGCGAAGCCUAGUUUGUUCCUCAGGCAUGGUGCAGAUGUUGGCUUCUCGAUCUUCUGAGAGAGGAUAAAUAAUGUGAUCACAGUUACCCGGGCCUGCAAUUCAGUUCUUGAAAAGCCAUUGCAGUGUGGAGAUGUCUUGGGACGCUACCGUCCCAAUAAAAAGUUUUUGUGCUAGCAGAAUCAGGUUCUGAUGUAUAUAUUGGUGGUUAUCAGUAUACGUCAGUUCAGAAGAAUUUUUAAUCGCUACACAUCUCUGGGAGAAGAAAAUAGAACUAAGACAAAAGCAGCAA